GCGUGACGGAGUCGAAGGGCGGAUAGGAACGCUGCUGUUGUUUUAAGUCGAAAGGCACAUGUCGUCACUUCCUCGCUUGACUUUGAUCGCGACCCCGGAAGUGACAAAGGUGAGCGCGGCCGCCAUGGCGUGCGGAAGCCUUGUUUUCCUUGGAACCUUUUGGAGUUUGUUGGUGGUUUCCUGCGUUUCCCAGACCUACGUGCUGAACGACGCCGAGGGACUGGGACGAGUUUUUGACGGCAUCGGAGGCUUGAGCGGCGGAGGGGCGACGACGCGACUCCUGGUCAAUUACGCGGAGCCCUACCGAAGCCACGUCCUCGACUAUCUUUUCAAGCCCAACUUCGGCGCCUCGUUGCACAUGCUGAAGGUGGAAAUCGGAGGCGACGCGCAAACUACCGACGGGACGGAGCCGUCGCACAUGCACGCUGAAGACGACGAGAACUACUUCCGGGGUUACGAAUGGUGGCUCAUGAAAGAGGCCAAGAAGAGGAACCCGAACGUGACGCUCGUCGCUUUGCCGUGGGCCUUCCCCGGCUGGGUGGGCCGAGGUAAGAAGUGGCCCUACGACUUCCCUGACGUCACCGCGGCUUACGUCGUCAGCUGGAUCGUGGGCGCCAAGCGCUUCCACCGGCUCGACGUCGAUUACGUGGGGAUUUGGAACGAACGCCCCUUCGACGGCGCCUACAUCAAGCUGCUGCGCGCCACCUUGGACAAAAGCGGCCUGGAGCGAGUCGGGAUCAUCGCCAGCGACAACCUGUGGGAGCCCAUCUCGCAGGCCAUCCUGCUGGACCCGGAGCUCGGCCGAGCCGUGGACGUGAUCGGCGCCCACUACCCCGGCACCGCCGCCGCGGCGGACGCCCUGAAGACCGGCAAGAGGCUGUGGGCUUCGGAGGACUACAGCACGUUCAACGACGAGGUCGGCGGAGGCUGCUGGGCGCGCCUCGUCAACCAGAACUACGUCAACGGAUUGAUGAGCGCCACCGUUUCCUGGAAUCUGGUCGCCAGCUACUACGAGGCGCUGCCCUUCGCCAGAGACGGCCUGAUGACCGCGGCCCAGCCCUGGAGCGGCUACUACGCCGUGGAGUCUCCCGUCUGGAUGACGGCUCACACCACGCAGUUCAGCCAGCCGGGGUGGACCUACCUGAAGACGGUCGGGCAUUUGGCCAAAGGCGGAAGCUACGUGGCCUUGACGGACGGCAAAGCCAAUCUGACGCUCGUCAUCGAGACCAUGAGCCACGACCAUUCCUUAUGCAUAAGGCCGCCGCUGCCGCCGUACUCGGUGAGCCCGCAAAACGCCACCUUCCGGCUGCGAGGGUCCUUUUCCUCCAUCCGGCGUCUGGAAAUAUGGCGGUCCCGCUUCAACUUCCGGACGAAAGCGCCCGCUUUUAUGGAGCGGCUGAGACCGUUGACGCUCACCGAUGGCACAUUCACCCUCAGUCUCGCCGAAGACGAAGUUUACACCGUCAGCACGAUCACGGGGGCGCACAAAGGCAAACACCCGGAUCCGCCCGCCCCCGCUCCCUUCCCCGAGGAGUACGAGGACGACUUUAACGUCCGGGAAGCUCCCUUCUCGGAAGCUCCCAACUUCGCCGACCAGACCGGGGUCUUUGAAUAUUACGCCAACCUGACCGAUCCCGGGCCUCACGCCCGGACGUUACGCCAGGUCGUGACCCGACCGCCCAUCUCUUGGGCGGCGGACGCCGACCAGACCCUGAGCGUCAUCGGCGACUACGCGUGGCGGGAUCUCACUGUCGAAUGCGACGUCUUCAUGGAGCGCGCCCGGACGGGCGGCGUCUUCAUCGCGGCCAGGGUCGACAAAGGCGGCGAGGCCGUCCGCAGCGCCAAGGGCGUCUUUUUCUGGAUCUUUGCCGACGGAACGUACAAAGUUACCGACGACCUGGCCGGUCUGACGAUUCUGGCCGAAGGGCCGUCUGGCACGCGGGCGGGCGACUGGCACACGCUCUCGCUCAGCGUACGGGGCCCGUUGGCGUCGGGAAGGCUGAAUGGUUUUGUUUUGUGGGAGAACGCCGUGGCGCUGACGCCCAGGAACGGCUGGGCUGCCAUCGGGACGCGCUCCUUCGAGCUGGCCCAGUUUGACAAUUUUGCGGUGAAGGCGACCAAGGGAGAAGCGCGUCUUAAAUCGUGAGCGUUUCACUGAAUACUUGGACGAGCUUUGGGGAACCCGGAAACCCAGCCGAGUGGACUUCCUGCCGCGACAACGAGCGAUUGAUGAUGCGACGGUUUGAAACCGAACUUGCUCAAAUGUUGUUUUGUCGCCGACGACAUUUCAAGUUCCCACGCCGUUUCUGCGUGCCGGAAGGAUCACUGAUCAUUUUCUUUUGAGUAACAAGCUUUAAACUCUAUUAUUUAAAUUCACCUAAUAAAAUAAAAAUGUCAAUUUAUAAAAUCAUUCAUUGUUAAACAACAAACAAACAAGUUUUGUUCUUUUCCUUUGGAUUUCAGACAAGCUUUGGAUUCAAGAAAACUAAUUACAAAAGUUUUUUCCUGACUCAAUUUCCAGUGAAUUAUUCGAAUAAAUACAGAUGUGAAAAUAAAUGAUUGCUCUUGGGAAAAACAAAACAAAACAAAACAAAACCCUUUGUAAACCUUAACGAAUUCCAAACUUGAACUGUUCGACAUAAUAAUAAUAUAGUAGUUGAUGUUAAGAUUCCUGGCAAAAGUUUUCCUGGUUUUCAUUGAGUCUUUCUAUUAUUUCUGCUUUUAAACUGUUGACUUUCGAAAUGGAAUGUUUGCAUCUGCAAUCCUAAACUGUGCUUAGAAUGAUGAUCAAAUCAAUUCGAUGGGUUUUUUGGGGGAUAUGUUUUGUGUAUUAAUUUAUAUCGAUGUAGCACCUCGUGUCCUACUUCCUACUUUUUCAUACAUUUUUUUAGAUUCUAAAAUGCAACGCAAUACUGCAAUACUCUUUGUUCAAAUAAUGAAGUUAAUCAAAACUCUUCCAAAUAAAGUGACCGAUGAGAGAA